GGCGGCACUCGACCACCGCCUUCUCGAACGUACAAUCAACACGUCCCUUGGAUCCAGCCAGCAUCUCUGAACGGGCUGCUACCAUCGCCGUCUUUUGGAAGGGCGACAUAUUCAACUAACAUACUAGCGUGACAGCCGGAACGGGUCCUGCGCACCCUACGACACCACCUUUGUGCCAGUGCACCACACAAAAGGAAUUACGAGAUGCCUCCUCGAUUGAAUAAACGCCAAUUGCGCGAACAAGAGGAGCUUGCUGUUCUCGAGGCAGCGAAGGAGGAAGAUGAGGCUCCAGAAGUCGAAGAGAGCGCAGAUGAGAUAUCGCACCCGGGGAAGAGCACGGGUGGUGGUUACGCGGCACUUAUGAACGCAGCGGACUCGGACUCGGAGAGCGAUGCUCCGUCAACACCCCGGGCUACGAAACCGAAGAAGAAGAAGAAGAAAAAGAAGCCCGCUAGCACUCAGUCGCCCGCUGCUCCUACACCUCCACCCGAAAUCGCUGAGAUGAAGACCCAGGGCGAAGCUAGCCCUUCACCUCGGUCCAAGAAGGAGCGGAAAGCAGCCAAGAAGCAGAAGGCAAAGGAGCAGAAAGACGACCGCGACGACGUAGACAAGGCACUCGCGGAGCUCUCGAUCAAGUAUCCGGACCUUCAGCAGGUCGUAGCGUCGACCAGCGCCUCUCCUGCAGCACGCAACACAUCCGGGGCCCUCGCAUCUCUGCUCUCAGUAUCUAUCCAAAACCUUGACGCCGAAGUGGAACUCCGCAAGUUUUUCGGAGCUAAAGUCAUCUCUGCUGCGAAGUCUUCUGAGGCGGGAACAUCUAAGCGGGCGGCAGCAGCGGCGGCGAGGCUCAAGUCACAAGCCAAAGCGACCCUCGCACGCCCCAAGGGCAAUUGGUGGCCUGUGAAUCAUCGGGAAGGGCUGUCCUCACAACAGUACACCCCUGAAGACGAAGAGGAGAUGCGCGGACGACAUGCGUGGUCACCAUUACUCGGCGAGAAGGUAUGGGCGGUGGAGUACAGCAAGAAGUACCGCGCUAUCACCUUAGCUUUCAUGCAGACUGUCAUGUCUGGAGAUCCUGCGGGCUUCAAUCAGAUCUUGGGCCAGAUGCCAUAUCAUGGAGACACGCUCCUGCAGAUGUCCGAGGUGUACUUCCACAGGGAAGAGCAUAGCACUGCUGCGGACAUGAUUGACAGGGCACUCUUUGGCUAUGAGCGAGCAUUCUUAGGCACCUCGUUCAACUUCACAACAGGUGUGAACCGCCUCGAUUUCGAUCGCGUGGAAAAUCGACCAUUCUUCCUGGCCGUACACCGACAAAUCAGCGAUCUGCAACGCCGAGGAUGCGUGCGCACCUCGUUCGAGUUUACGCGACUGCUGUACUCACUUGACCCCUGGACGGACCCGCAUGGCGCACUCUUGCAUCUCGAUUACCUCUCUCACAAAGCGGGUAUGGGCCAGUGGUUGCUCGAUGUCUGGGAGUUCUUCUCGAAGGUCAACGACGAUGACGGUUUCCGAAACCGACUGCGGCCUACUGUGCUGCCCGGAUGGGCGUACGCAAGGGCACUGGCCCAGUAUACCGAUGAAGAAACGAAAGGUCGGGAUCAUGCCGAGAGUACGGCCGCUCUCGAGGAGGCGAUACUCUCAUUCCCCUCCAUCGUCCCCCUCCUCGCUGACAAGGCGGACAUCUCACUGCCAGCGUCGGUCAGAGGACAUUCAGCAUUCCGCGUGUACCCUGAUGCCAGCUCGCUGCCCACACCAUCUGCCGGGAUCCUCCACCUACUGUCUCAUCUCUACGCGCAACGCUCAUCUUCACUCUGGAAGAUACCCGAACGCGCUUCUUGGUUCGCCCAGACCGUCAGCGCGAGCGUAUCGUCGCUACCGCCGUCAUACGACACCACGUCUCCCGCCUACCUCGGCUUCAUGGCGCUCUUCAGCAGACCAGAGAUCGCACACGGGGUCUACCGCCACGCCAUCGUGAACGAGGGGUCCUGCCGCCGACUCUUCGGGUUCAUCCCGCGUGAGGUCACAAACGCGAAGCACCUCGCGUGCGACCCGCUCCCGCCGCCGACGCGCGUGAACGAGUAUGACGCGGAAUUUUUCCGCGGCGUAGAGGACGCACUGCACAUCCAGCGGCGCAGCCGCAAGGCGAACGAGCGCCUCCUGCAGCAGCUUAUCCCAGAUCCCGUCUUCCGCCGGCAGAUGCAGGACUUCUGGGCCGCGCACCCGGCGUUCCAGCGCCAGUUCCCUGGGGGGUUCGUCCACUUUGCGGAGGUGCUGCAGCAGAUUGGCCCGGAGGCGGUGGAGGAUUUGAUGAUACAGGUGGCGGAUCAGGCGGGGCAGGGUGCAGGAGAUGAGAUGCCGGGAGGCUUCAUGCCCAUGGACGAGAUGCUAGGGGAGCUUGCAGGGGCAGCCCCAGAGCUAGAACUUGCGGGCGCAGAUGAUGUCCAGGAAGAAGAAGACGAGGAGGACGAGGAUGAUGAGGAUGAGGAAGCAGUAGCGCCUCUACCCGUACGCGUGCUGCGGAACUUAGUGAACCGAUUCUGGGGCAGUGGUGCAGCUGAAGAAGAUUCGUCUGACGAGGAUGAAGGGGAUGAAGCACACCCACCAGUUGAGGACGGAGUCGACUGAUGCAAUUGAGUAUGGUAAAGUAGGAGUAGUGUUGUACGUCUAAGCAAUGUGAAAUGGAUA